AUGUUCACGCGCCGCCUGGGCAGAGGCGGCGGCGCCGGUGGGCGCGGCGGCAGAGGACGGGGCGGCAGGGUCAGGCGGAGCGCGCGGGUGUGCGUGGAGGGCGUCCCCGCGGAGGCCUCUGCGGAGGUCCUGGCGGGCGUGCUGCGUCGCGCAGUGGGGGACGCGGUGGGGCGCGUGACGAUCAAGGGGUGCACGCGCGUGGGGGACGUGGUGGGUGGCGCGCGGCAGCAGUGGGCGUCGCUGGGCGUGGCGUACGCGGACCUGCUCUCCCCAGAGGCCGCCGACUCGCUGCUGCGCUGUGAACGCGCCGGUGCCCCGCUGCAUGUGGGCGGGCGCAUGCUGGGUGUGCAGCGCGUGGCGGAGCACAGGCGCGCGCCCGAGGGGCUGCUGCACCGCGCCACUGUCCACGUGGGGUUCAUCCAACGGCCCGGCCAGCUGGCGGUGACGUGGCAGUCCGAGGUGGCGGAGUGUCGGGUGGAGUUUGACUUUCUGGAGAGGCGCGUGCGCGUGCUGGUGGGGGAAGGGCGCACGGGGAGAGGGCGGGACUCAGACGAUGGGGGUGAAGCGUGGCAGCACAGUGCGGGUGGGCGUGGCGCUGCUGCUGCUUCCUCUCCGGAGGGCAUGGCAGGUUCCUGCCAGCGACUGCAGCACCGCCUGGACUGGCGCAUGAGGGACGUGCGCCUGUGGGGCGCCCCCCACCGCCGCAGAGACAGAGCCACGCCCUCUGAGCGCCGCCCGCCGCUGCUGCUGCUGCCCGCCGUGCCGCCUGCUGUGUUCACGCGGGCGUGCGACGACGAUGUGUGGCAGCGCGACCCGUGUGCGUGGCUCCCCGACGACAGCGACCCCUGGACCCGCUCCACCGACCUCCGCCUCGCACCCGCCGCACCGCGCACUGGCGCAGUGGGCACAGUGGGGGGCGAAGGAUGGGGAGGAGGGGUGCUAGGGGUGGGUUCAUUGGUAGUGCAGGUAUCUAUGGGGAGGGAGAGUAGCGGGAAGGUGAAGGAGAUAGCAGGGCGCAUGCGCACAGUGGGGCUGUGGUGCAGGUCGAGGUACCUGGGCCCGCCUCACCACAGCAUCACCACGUCCUUCUUCCGCCCCCACCCGCCCAUCACCAUCGCCCCCUUCGUCUGCCUGCCGCCCCGCUGGCCCUCCACUGGCCGCGCCACCACCACCACCGUCACCGGCAGCAGCGGGGGCAGAGGGGGUGCGCAGGCAACAGAGCUGGCGUUUCCAGUGCUGUACGUGCUGACGCUGCUGGUGCAGCGCGGCACCAUCCCCCUCACUGCCGUGACCGCCCCCCUGUACCGCACGCUGGCACGCGAGGCACCACGAGCAGCGGUGGCGGUGCUGCUGGAGUUCAUGUGCUACGCCCGCCCCGAGUUCGACCCCUCCGGCCAGUUCACCCGCAUCGCACGCGCCAUGCGCCACCAAGGCAAGCUGCCGUGGCGACGCGAGCGGUUGGAGGGAGGCGGCGGGCAGGCGGGGGGAGGGGCGGCAGAGGGGACACGGUCACGGCGCCGGGGAGAGGUGGUGCAGCAGCAGGGCACUGCGGAGGAGCAUGAGGAGCGGCGUGGGGGAGAGGAGGAGGAGACGGGGCAGGAGAAGAAGGCGGGGCGGGAGGCAGAGGGGGCGGUGGAGCAGAGUGAGGGUUCGGCGUGGCCGUGGGUGCUACCCGAGAACCACGUGUUGGUGUUCCACCUCCUCGUCACUCCCCUGGCCGCGCAGUGCUGCCUGCCCAGUGUGGAGCUGGCGAACCGAGUCAUCGCGCACUACCGCCCCCACGCACACCGCUUCCUGCGCGUGACCUUCACGGAGGAGGGCGAGCGGCAGCUGGCGUCGUUCGCCCUGGUGGGCGGCGCUUACCGUGCGGAGGAGGCGCAUCACAGCGCGCGCACCGACGUGUACCACCACAUUCUGAAGCUCGUCAACCAGGUGGGGGGGGAGUGGGGGAUGGAGCAGGGUGAAGGGGUUAGCACGUGUGGGGGUUGCAGGUGUGGUGUAGCAGCGUCGCAGCUGAGGGAGAAGUCGGCGUGGUUCCUGGCGGAGGACGCCACCCACGGCCUCACCGUCGCCGCCGUGCAGGCGUGGAUGGGCACCUUCACCGCCAUCCGCAACGUCGCCAAGUGCGCUGCGCGCAUGGGCCAGUGCUUCUCCUCGCGCUUCACCUUGCUGCCCCUGCCCCGCGUCCAAGUGCGCAAUCCCGGACGCCGCUCUCUGCUGCCCCUCACCGUACUCACUUGCCUGUGGGGGGGGGCGCGGGGGGGUGGCUGCGUGCGCCGUCGGCGUUUCAGAUCUGGUACGCAGGGGGUGAAGGGCAUGGUGGCCGUGUGGCCGCGCGGGGUCAUGCAGCGCGUGGAGGCGCAGGGGGCUGCUGGUCCUGCCGAGCACGCCACGGGUGCCUGGCAGCAGCAGCAGAAGCAGGAGGAGGCAGUGGAUCUGUGGUUCCAAGAGGGGCAGUGUGCGGGCGCAUGGUGGGCGCAGGCACGGCAGGCAGGCGGCGAGGCAGGGCGUGCAGCAGCCGGCGGGGUGCACGUGUGGGUGCGGGACAGCAUGGACAAGUUUGAGUCACAGCAUGCUGACGUGGAGUUGGUGAACUGGACGCGCCCCCAGCCGUGCUACCUGAACCGGCAGAUCGUGACCCUGCUGUCCACGCUGGGCGUGCCCGACCGGGUCUUCCUGGACAUGCAGGUGCGCUGUGCCUCCACUGCUCCUCUGCUCUCUCUUGCUCUUCGCCUCGCCUCGUGUGUACACCAUCCGCCCAUCCCUGCGCCAUGCUCCAAUCGAAAGCGAGCAGUCUUCCCACUGUUCCCCGCACCACCUCCCCCAGCCCCCCACCCCCUCGCACUGCGCCUGGAGGCGGCGGUGGGCAGUGGGGCGGCGGCACUGCAGCUGCUGGAGGAGAGCGGCGCGGACCACCUGCACGGCACCGCCAUCACCAUGCUGCGCGUGGGCUUCCACCCCGCGCAUGAGCCGCACCUCAAACGCAUCAUCCAAGCCGUGCGGGCGGUGCAGCUGCAGGGGCUCAUCUCCCGUGCGCGCAUCUUCGUGAAGGACGGCCGCUGGCUCAUGGGCGUUGUGGAUGAGACCGGGCUGCUGCAGUACGGGCAGUGCUUCAUCCAGGUGUGCGACGCCACGGCACCUGCACCCAGCGCCACCGCCACCUUGAGGCUGCACAGCACAGGACGGGGCAUGGGGGCCCCGCGCGUGGUGACGGGCCCCGUGAUGUUUGGCAAGAACCCCUGCCUGCACCCGGGCGACCUGCGCGUGCUCACAGCCGUGGACGUGCCGUGCCUGCACCACCUCAUUGACUGCCUCGUGCUGCCCAAGCAUGGCCCGCGCCCGCACGCCAACGAGGCGUCGGGCAGUGACAUGGACGGGGACGUGUACUUUGUCACGUGGGACAAGCGCCUGCUGCCACCGCGAGGGAGCAGUGAGCCCAUGGACUACCAGCCCGCCAAGCAGGACAGCCAUGCGCCCGUCACCAUGCAGGACGUGCACCGGUUCUUCGUGGACCACAUGCUGAACGACAGCGUGGGUAUCAUCUGCAACGCACACGUCGUGCACGCCGACCAAAGCCCCGACGGCGCCUUCGACGAUAACUGCCUCACUCUCGCCCGCCAGGCGGCACUGGCGUUUGACUUCCCCAAGACGGGCGUGCCGGGCGCGCUGGGGCAGCUGUACCGACGCGUGCUGGGCCAGCAGCCGUGCGACCGUGCACGUGUUGUGCCGGGGGUGGAGGAGGACGAGGAGGAGGGGGGGCAGGGAGACGAGGGCAGUGACGAGGAGGGCGAUGCAGAGGUGCAGCAAGGGGCGGGUGGGGAGAGUGGGGACCGCGGGUGGGGUGGCAGGGGGUGGGAGGGCGAGGCGGACGUGAUGGCGGACCGGCGCACGUGGCUGCGGUACCCGGGGGCGGACGAGGUGGGGCAGGCGUACCGGGCAGACCUGAGGGCAGAGGGGUUUGAGCAGCACGUGGAGGAGGCGAGGUGGCUCAAGCAGGAGUACGACCGAUCAUCCUGCACCAGGUGCGCCCAUGCACAUCCUGCACCAGGUGCGCCCAUGCACAUCCUGCACCAGGUGCGCCCAUGCACAUCCUGCACCAGGUGCGCCCAUGCACAUCCUGCACCAGGUGCGCCCAUGCGCAUCCUGCACCAGGUGCGCCCAUGCACAUCCUGCACCAGGUGCGCCCAUGCACAUCCUGCACCAGGUGCGCCCAUGCACAUCCUGCACCAGGUGCGCCCAUGCACAUCCUGCACCAGGUGCGCCCAUGCACAUCCUGCACCAGGUGCGCCCAUGCACAUCCUGCACCAGGUGCGCCCAUGCACAUCCUGCACCAGGUGCGCCCAUGCACAUCCUGCACCAGGUGCGCCCAUGCACAUCCUGCACCAGGUGCGCCCAUGCACAUCCUGCACCAGGUGCGCCCAUGCACAUCCUGCACCAGGUGCGCCCAUGCACAUCCUGCACCAGGUGCGCCCAUGCACAUCCUGCACCAGGUGCGCCCAUGCACAUCCUGCACCAGGUGCGCCCAUGCACAUCCUGCACCAGGUGCGCCCAUGCACAUCCUGCACCAGGUGCGCCCAUGCACAUCCUGCACCAGGUGCGCCCAUGCACAUCCUGCACCAGGUGCGCCCAUGCACAUCCUGCACCAGGUGCGCCCAUGCACAUCCUGCACCAGGUGCGCCCAUGCACAUCCUGCACCAGGUGCGCCCAUGCACAUCCUGCACCAGGUGCGCCCAUGCACAUCCUGCACCAGGUGCGCCCAUGCACAUCCUGCACCAGGUGCGCCCAUGCACAUCCUGCACCAGGUGCGCCCAUGCACAUCCUGCACCAGGUGCGCCCAUGCACAUCCUGCACCAGGUGCGCCCAUGCACAUCCUGCACCAGGUGCGCCCAUGCACAUCCUGCACCAGGUGCGCCAUUGCACAUCCUGCACCAGGUGCGCCAUUGCACAUCCUGCACCAGGUGCGCCAUUGCACAUCCUGCACCAGGUGCGCCAUUGCACAUCCUGCACCAGGUGCGCCAUUGCACAUCCUGCACCAGGUGCGCCAUUGCACAUCCUGCACCAGGUGCGCCAUUGCACAUCCUGCACCAGGUGCGCCAUUGCACAUCCUGCACCAGGUGCGCCAUUGCACAUCCUGCACCAGGUGCGCCAUUGCACAUCCUGCACCAGGUGCGCCAUUGCACAUCCUGCACCAGGUGCGCCAUUGCACAUCCUGCACCAGGUGCGCCAUUGCACAUCCUGCACCAGGUGCGCCAUUGCACAUCCUGCACCAGGUGCGCCAUUGCACAUCCUGCACCAGGUGCGCCAUUGCACAUCCUGCACCAGUUUGGCAUCAUGUCGGAGGCAGAGGUGGUGUUGGGCAGCCUGCUGCACGCCGCACACCACCACGGGCGGCGGGAGGAGGCGGUGAGGGAGCACGUGCGCAACAUGUUCCUGUCGCUGCGCCACCGCUACCACCGCCUGCUCGUAUAUGGCGUGGACGCUGAGGGGGAGGAUGGGGAGGAGCGCGGGGAGAGGGACGGCGGGGAGCGUGGGGGGGGGGGGACGGGGAGGAGCGCGUUGAUGAUUCAUUCAGGGAUCCGCGCCUCCCUCGGCAGCACGGCAGGGGCCAGCAGCAGCCCCUGGCACCGCAGGUUGGUGGGGUUGUUGAUGCGCAUUGCACAUGUGUUGUCCUCCAUGUGUGCAUGGGUCUCCAUGCGUUGUACAGCUGCUCUCAUCAGCCAUGUCCGUUCUCGAGAAGUAGCUCAAUAG